UGGCAGUAAAAGGUGACCUGUUGGAGUUGUGGUGGCUUUGAGAAAAGCCGUUUUGAGAGAAAAACAAAAGAAAAAGGGAGUCUAAUACUCGACGCUCUGGGAGCUCUUCUUGCCGCCGCUGCUGGCCGACUUCUUGGGCAGGAGAACGGCUUGGAUGUUGGGGAGAACGCCUCCCUGGGCGAUGGUGACUCCCUUGAGCAGCUUGUUCAGCUCCUCGUCGUUCCGGAUGGCCAGCUGGAGGUGGCGCGGGUUGAUCCUCUGUUUCUUGUUGUCGCGGGCGGCGUUGCCGGCCAGCUCGAGGAUCUCAGCGGCGAGGUACUCCAUGACGGCUGCCAGGUAUACGGGAGCUCCUGCUCCGACUCGCUCGGCGUAGUUGCCCUGACGGAGGAGACGGUGGACUCUGCCGACUGGGAAUUGAAGACCGGCACGGGCAGAUCGGCUCUUGGCCUUGGCACGGGCUUUUCCUCCUUUGCCACGUCCAGACAUGACGACGAUUCUUGACGGAGAGACGGUAGUGUUUCACAAAAAGCGAUGAGAGAGUGAAUGAUGGAUGGUGCAGUUAGAGGUGGGGUAUUUAUUCUUCCCGCCACGGAUCAAACGGGGAGGAUCAUUCUGCAACUGACCAAUCAGAUUCGCGUUGGGAAAUAACCGGACUGCAUCGGAUCACUCCGCGCGAUCCUCCACCCCGCGUUCUGAUUGGUCGAAGCCAAAGUGAUCCUCAUCACAGUGAUCCUCCGGCAGGCGACAAAAUACAAGAGUGCAGUGGACGAGAAACAAUCAUCCAGUUUGACGGUCUUUCUCAACUGAUUUCAACAGUUCAACCAGCGCUCGAUACUGCACGUCAUGCCUGGCAAGGUCGCUGCCAAGAAAGGCGAAAAGAAAGCCGCCGCCACCAAGUCCAAGCCUGCGGGCGAGAAGAAGAGGAGAAAGAACCGCAAGGAGAGCUACUCCAUCUACAUCUACAAGGUUUUGAAGCAGGUUCACCCCGACACUGGCAUCUCCAGCAAGGCCAUGAGCAUCAUGAACUCGUUCGUCAACGACAUCUUCGAGCGAAUCGCCACCGAGGCUUCCCGACUGGCCCACUACAACAAGAAACACACGAUCACCAGUCGCGAGAUCCAGACGGCCGUCCGC